AUGCAUAAUGCAGCAGGAGCUGAAGAACCGUCAAUUUCUUCAAUGCGCUACAAAUCGUCCCGCUUCUAUAUGAAUGGGGAGGGCGAGCUAGUUCCGAUUCGGGAUCCGUACCUUGAUGUCAAACAAGAAAUCGCUCCAGUAAUUGAGCAACCAUCUAGACAGGGAAGUGGUAAGGAACGGCAGAAUCUGCAGAGCACAUCCGCUCUGAGGGUUGGGGCCAAGUGGUGGCUAUUACUGUUUUGCAUCAUAUUCAUGUGGUAUACGCGACCCCGUAGCGAGACUAACCUCCAGGAAUUGCCAGAAACAGACCAGGCACCGAUAGACUUGCGUACGAGAAUCCAGAGGAACCGGGACUCCGAAUUUGAAUUCAUGCAAAUGUUAGCCUACGAGAUGAGCAAGAGAACGAAUAUACUUCCGAUGGCAUUGUGGUGA